AUGGUGGGGGAUAUCGCACAAUAUCGAAAUGAAAACGGAAAUCACUCCAACUCUGGCAAGGCGCUUCAGGCAUCCAUGAGGGCAUUUAUCGAGGUCGCACCGAUUCUCACCGUGGCCGCAAUGCUCAGUCUCAUAUUCGGGGGUUGCUGUUCCAAUGUUUACGCUCUGGAAGCAAUUAUUAAGUAUGGAAUAUCUCUCCUACGAUAUUUCGGUUCCAGAUACUUGUAUGGGAAGAGAUAUGCUCGAUUGCAAGCUAUCGCCGUCAUAUUCUUGAGUGUCGGCGUUGUUCUGGCAGCUUGGUCGGAUGCCCAAGAUAAGAUUGUUCUGCAACGAGACUCUGGUCGUCCAGCUUUCAACUCUGGUCUUAUCAUCUUGCUGGUAGCCCAAGUCCUCUCCGCCAUCAUGGGACUCAUUUGGCUUUUCGGCAAUUCCCUUGCCCGUGGCACCCUCUUCGGGGCGAUAAUAGUUUUCGGGGCCGGGGCAUUGUACUCGUUUGGAUCAGCACCAAAACAAGACAGUGGUGGAAAAAAGGUCGUUUAUGUGAAGCAAGAAUAG